AUGCAACCACUUUUACUAAAUAGGAAAUCUGUCAACAGCAUGCGCGAACAACUCGUUUAUCUGCAAAUAUCAACUUGUCUUUUUCAUCCAGCAAUCAUGUCUUAUCGUACCCCAAUGCGAACGAGGUCAACCACCUCUCAUGGGAGCAGCACCCCGUCGCUGGCGAACCCGCCAAGGUCAGAAAUGAGACGACUUGAAAGACCACCUUCAAGAACUUUUCGUCCUGCAUCACCUCGUCAUCCUGGAAAUCGAUCUCGACCAGGAUCAUCUUUAGGAAGUUUUCCUAGUAGUGAUAGCGCCAAUUCUCGGCCAUCAACUCCCUCGUUUCGUCAGGAACCAUAUACUGGAAACAUAGCCGUACUGAUUCGUCCAAACCCACAAUCCGUGCUGCCUAAUAGUCCAUGGUCCAUCGAUAGCAUUGGCCAAACCAUCACCAAUACCACCGAUUUUACGUCUUAUUCAUUCGAUAACGUAUUUCCCGCCGAUGCUGAGUGUUCUAAUAGAUUUGUUUAUGAUAGAGCCGGCUCUGAACUUGUUAAGAAAUUUUUGAACGAGGGCUAUAAUGCCACCAUAUUCGCCUAUGGUAUGACAGGCUCUGGAAAGACAUUUUCAAUGAAGGGUAACAACAGUGACCCAGGAUUUGUUCAGCUAGCCAUUGAUGACUUAUUUGCAAAGAUAGAAUCAGAUUCCAGGGAAUACUCCGUUAGUGUCAAUUACUUGGAGAUUUAUAAUGAAAAAAUCAUUGACUUAUUGAGUACUGGAUCAGCCACCGAUCUCAAGAUUAGGGAAGACCUGGCAUACGGAAACUGUGUGGUCGGUGUCAAUUCACCUUCUAUCACUUCGAAAGAUCAACUUUUGCAGCUUAUUCGUAAAGGUGACACCAACCGCAAAACCAGCGUUACAGACUAUAACCAUCGAUCGUCCAGAUCACACUCUAUACUCCAGAUAAGAGUAAGUGCUGUCGAUAGAAUUCGAUGCAGGGAGCUGAACGCAACGCUUUCUCUAUGUGACUUGGCUGGUUCCGAGCGUGCAACUUCUAGUCUUGAACGACUGAAGGAGGGAGCUUACAUUAACAAGUCUCUUUUGGCGUUAUCCACGGUGAUCAAUAAGCUUUCACUUGCCUCCACAACCCUCACAGCCGACCAUAUUCCUUACCGUGAUUCCAAACUUACUCGUUUAUUGCAACCAGCACUUUCUGGUUCUUCGUUGGUACUGAUUCUUUGCACCGUUCAUUUAGGUUCCGGUUCCGGUUUGACAAACCAGCACCGAAUUUCUGAAACAUACAAUACUCUCCGAUUCGCAGCAAGAGCCAAAGAUAUCGUGGUCAGUGUCAACAAGAACCAAAUGAAUAUUGAUGAAGAUCUGUUGCGUCUAGUGGAAACUUUACGCAGAACCAUCGAGACACAAAAGAACGAGAUUACCAUGCUCAAACAAAGCUCGACGUUCUCGGGUGAGACAAACGGAAACAGCGUAGAAUUGCAACAAAAGGAAAUGCAAAUAGGUCAAUUGCAGGCAGAAUUGGCGGUUUGCAACGAAAGACUUGAGCACUUUGCUCGUCUCACAGACUUGCAAAAAACAGAAACCAUCAUGUUGAAAAACGACACUGUUAAUGACAUCCUUGGUUCAGGGGCAGAAGAACUGCAAAUGAUCAUGGCCAAUUUUGAAGAGUUUCAUAGGCGACUCAACUAUGAGUUGGAAGAAAGUAAAUUGUACAUCUCGCAAUUGGAGAUGCAACUCAGGAAUGCAUUAUCCCACCAACAACCAGUCCAUCGCUCAGCGGUGCCCAAGGAAUAUGAAACACGCAUCAAAGACCAAGAGGAGGAAAUAUGGCACUUGAAGGAGCUUCUCAAGGAUAAAGACCAUGUUAUCAAAAGUCUUACCAAGACAUCGAAAUUACGUAGGUUGGCUGAUUCUACAAAUACCGACCACAGAAAGUGGCAAGCGAGUGGAAACGAAAAGGACAGUCCCCAGAGACCUCUGGGAAACAGCUUUGUAAUAUAA